CUGCUGGCCGUAGCUAGCUGGCAGCAUUACAAACACUACAUACAAACGAUACCCUUUAUUCUUCAAUAUAACCUUAGCCUCUCUCUCUCUCUCUCUCUCUCUCGAUCGUCAGUUAUCACUUGGCUUCCAAUCUUCCAAUCAAUCCAUCAGUUGGGUUCUCUCUCUGUUAGUUGUCACAAACUCCAAUAAGGAUAAUGGAGUUAUUAAUAUUCCUACAAAGAAAGUCCAGCAGCAGCAGCUUUUGUUUUCUUCUUCUUCUUCUUGUGUUUUCGUUUUCAGGAAUAUCAGUUGUUGAAGGUUACAAGAAUUACACAGUGGGGGACUCUUCCGGUUGGUACGCAGCUGUUAACUAUCAGAAAUGGGCUGACGCCAAAACAUUCAGCUUGGGAGAUUUUCUAAUUUUUAAUACGGACACCAACCACUCGGUUGUGCAAACAUAUAACUUGACAACGUACAAGCUGUGCGAUUACAACGACGCUCUAGAAAACGAUACGAUGCAAUGGUCGGCAGCGGACCCGUCAAACACGGCCAUACAUAAGGUCUCAGUGGCAGUGCCUUUGGUAAGAGAAGGGAUAAACUAUUUCUUUUCAGGGGAUUAUGAUGGUGAGCAAUGCAAGAACGGACAGCACUUUAAGAUCACCGUCUCUCACGGACAAGGGUUGCCAAAGAGUUUACAGAACCCAGCCGUUCAGUCCCCAAGUCCAGCAAGCGGUCCCGCCCGGCAGUCUGCAGGUGAUGGCAACAAUGAUGAUGGUUCUGUCCCAGAUACCAUUGUUCCUGCCAGUUUCGACCAUCCUAAAGAGGAUGACACUGCCAAUGGCGAUCAUGAUAAAGAUUCAUCUGGCUCACUUUGUGUGAAGCACAAGCACGGGUUGCUAUUUAGGGUUUUCAUUUUCUUAGGGUUUCUCUACUGCUGCCUCUGGUGAUCUACGAGGCUGCUAGCUGAUAAUUUUUAACAACUUUUUAUAUAUCUUUGAUUAUUUUUUGCUUCUCAGUUUCAUUUCCUUUUCUUUUUGCUGUUUGUGUACUCUGUAUACUGCGCAUGCUUUCUUUUGUUCAGUCAUUGGAUUAUUUUAUUGUAACAGAUUAGUAGGCAAAAGUUAAAGCA